UUACAAUAAAGAGAAUUAUCACGCUGGGUUCACAACAUUGCUUCGUACAGAUGCUCUGUGGACUGCAAGGCGAAUUUGACUGAGAACACAGCACGGCCAAGGCUYCAUAGACGAUCUAAAGUGUCAUCCUAUCAUAUAGAAAACGUUUUUCGAGUAGACGUAUUCUUAGCUAUGACAUUAGAGGUGUAAACACGAAUCGUGUCACGAAAGAUUUAGUCGUCAAACACCUCCAUUUCAUAAUAGGAAGGACGUGGUUUUGAACAAAGAGUAUUUGCUUCAUUCAGUCAGGUUUCCAUCGUCUUCUCACGCAAUUAAAGACUUUAGGAGUGAACAAUCACGAGACGUUGACUGGAGCUCCUGGUGUACUUACAAUGACUUCCCAAGAUCUCUACAGCAACUCAUCUAGUGCACACUUUCCUUAUUCUUCUGGACAAAAUACGCGAUCCUCUCGUCCUUCUUCACACGAAUUCAUCUUCGCCGGGCAGGAAAAUUUUACCUCUGGACCCCCGACAACUGUACGUUCACCGAACACAGCCAUGGGACUGACUGAUACUGGGAUGCCAAGAGGAGCGAGCAUACCACGACAACACAAUAUGAUUCAUGGGUCGGUCGUACAUCCAUUGCAUCCCAACCAUUACAGUAGUUUACAUGAUUCCCAUCGUGAUGGUGGGAAUGGCUCUCCACAUGGAUUCUUCUCUGUUGCACAUGCACAUGAUCCCCCUGGUCAUUAUCCUCAAAACGGUGGAUCUUUAGGCCAAGCGUAUCGGUUCUCUUUCCCAAGAGAUGAUAAGCCCGAGCUUGCUCAGUACGCCAGUCCCUUCGUACCUCCACGGUACGAGUAUAUGCCACAUCCUGGCCUGUCAAUGCCGCCAAGUUAUCUUCGACAGCCUUUGAGUCAUGUUGUAACAUGUGAGUGGAUUGAACCGGGCAGCAAAGGCAAGCCAUGCGGAAGGCAAUUUUUUCGAAUGCAUGACAUUGUGGCUCAUCUGGCCGAGGAUCAUGUUGGAGGUCCCGAGAGUUCUUCUCAUGUGUGCUUCUGGAAAGAAUGCGCUCGAAAUGGCUUGCCCUUCAAGGCAAAGUACAAGCUAAUCAACCACAUACGAGUACAUACCGGAGAGAAGCCAUUCCCUUGCCCCUUUCMYGGUUGUGGAAAACUAUUUGCUCGCUCGGAAAACUUGAAAAUACACAAAAGAACUCAUACUGGAGAAAAGCCUUUCAUUUGCGAGUUUCCCGGUUGUGAUCGGCGGUUUGCAAACUCGAGCGAUCGCAAAAAACACUCUCACGUUCACACAUCGGACAAGCCUUAUAUCUGCAAGGUAGAUGGUUGUAAUAAAAGCUACACUCACCCGAGUUCGUUGAGAAAACACAUGAAACUUCACGCCAAGCCAUCAGAAUCUGGUAUGGAAAGUCCUCAAGACGAGAUUUCACAAAAUGGAAAGUCCAAUUCUUCACCAUUUCCCUCUGCUUCGACGUACCCCCCAAUGUCCGAAUGGUUCAACAGAAUCCCAGGAGCGCCAACACAUCACGAACAUUUUCAUAUGGACAAUCCAACCACGCUUGGCCCUAGCCAAGCAGCUUUAGCAAGUUACUGACUCUAACACAAUCUGCUGUGCUAAAAAUAAGGUCAGCUUCGACUAUGCCGGUUCGUGAGGCCUGUUUAGACGUUUCGUUAUCAAAUUUAUCCAUACGCCUUCAAUCUGCUUUGGCUUUAUCGAAAAGGCAAGGGAGUACAAUACUUAAGGCUCGAUGAAGACAAAUGGUCUUUCCUAGACUGUUGCCCCGUUAUUUCGAAUUUUUGAAUUCGUACCAAAUGAGGAAGCUAGACUGCGAGACGCCAAAAUGUCCAAAAUCGCAGGAAGUUCAAAUCUUAGGGACCGACAAGGACACAGCGCCUGAAAACCCAGAGAAACCGGGGCCAGAAACUAUUYGUAAUUCAGUUGAAAAUUUCUCAAGGUUUUUCUUAUGUAUACACGCAGGCUAGCUAGUACUCAUUCAAACUUACAGCGUCAAUUGGAACCGUGAAUAUAAUGUUGUUGAUUGUGGAGCCAGUUAUGGCCAAUUUUCAAACAAAUCUAUGAAUACAAUUCUUGGAUGAUAUAUCCACAUUCAAAGAUACUCCUAUUUUCUUAGUUGUCAACUCUAAGAAUUUCAUUCCAAGAAUCUAAAUUUUCUUGUACAUAUACAUAUAUAAAUAUGAAAAACCAACUCUGAAUACUCUUUAAAAAGUCUCACUCUAAAACUGGGUCAGAGAAAGAGAAAARCAUGCUAUAUAAUGAUUUAUCAGAAACUUAGUUCACCGUUCCGGAARACACCGGUACUAAAUUCAUCAACUCACAUGAAUUGUAAAUACACUAACCGUAAAAAAGAAGGCAGGUUGCCCUGUUUCAAAUUGAUGUUGAACCAAAAUGAGCGRUAAAAUAAAAGUGUUUAUAUGGGACACAUAUA